AUGUUAAAAUUGCCGCAAUUUCCCAAAAACAUAAAAGAAAUGAUUAUUAUACGAUGUUGGCUAGGGCAACUUUUUAAUUGUGCUUUUGAACGUUUCAAUUUAAAUGAAUGUUUAUUUAAUCCAGAAUUAAUUAUUUUAUUUUUUGAUAACGACAAAUUAAUGCCACUAAAAUUUCACGUACAAAGACCCUAUAUUUGCCUUAACAAUAAUAUAUUUGAAAAUAUUUUUAACUUCACUUUAAAUCAUCUAUCAAUUUCUGAAUCCCUUAGUUUUGAUUUUAACGAAGGUAACAUUUCGGAGCAUCAGAUGAAUAUUCUAUUCAAUAUUUUAACAAAAGAAGGAAAUAAAUUACCUCAAUUUUGUUUAAAAAGUAACAAAUGUUUUGAGAUGUCACGUAUUUAUGAUUUUAUUGUUGAGCAUAUAAAAACAUCCAAGGACUGUUCAAAAAUGGUGUCUGUUAUUGUCUUAAAUUAUAUUUCCUUAUCAAAUUUUAAAUUGGACGAAAAAGCUCAGAAUGUUCAAGUUGAACAAUCCUAUAGUGUAAAAUAUACAAAAUACAUAAUUGCCAAUAAACACAAUCCAACAGUAAAAUUUUUCUUUUGCAAUGGAAUGGGUGAAGAGGGAUCCAUUUUUUGGUUUAGAAUCCGAAUUAUGAAAUUAUAG